GACCCCUGAGGGUUGUCAGCCAGCUCCGACUCAGAGGGGGUGGUGAGGGGGAAGAGGAAGAAGAGGAAGUUCCUGAGCACGACUCUCCUGCGGAGAACGAGACUGAGGAAGUACCUGAGGAACAACUAGCUGAGAAGCCUGCCGAAGCUGAGACUCCUACUCCUAAGAGACAGCUGCAGUUCGGCAUGGCCCGGUUCUUCGGCUCACCUGAGGCGAAAUCCGAAGCUAAGCCUGUUUCUGAGACGAGCCUCACACCUCAGGCAAGGCCUACUUUCAGAAAGAGACAGCUCAGGGACCAGCUCAUCAUUGAUCAGCUGGCUGAGGAAGUAGCUGAGCUGAAAGCCAAGAUGCCUCAGGCCAACCCCUUAGAAGUCUUCAGGGACAAGCAGAAGAUGGUGCAGACCAUGAGGAGAAACCUCCCUCGCAGGCCCAGAGCUCCUAAGAAGGAGCUCACAGCCAGUAAGAAGCUCCUCAUCAUCAAACGCCUUAAGGAGGCAAGGUCAGAGUACGACCCUCAGACCUUCUGGAAGGUCAUGAAAACGGAGACCGGCUUGAGGAAAGAGCAGCUCAGUGACCUCCUCAAAAGAGAAGAGGAGAUUGAGAAACUCAGCAAGCUGCCUGUCGGCCCCACUAAGAAAGGCAAUAAGAGGAGGAAGAGGGCCCCAGGUGCGGGCCGCCGUCCACCUUAUCCUGAGGUCCGUCAGAGACUCCAAGACUGGCUUGAGUUGCAGCGGGCCUGCGGUGUCACUGUGACUCAGGAACACCUGGGCACUCAGAGUGUCGUGUUCCUCAGGGAGUCAGCUGAGGAGCUCCUGGCUCGUGCUGCCACAGACAAGAGCCUCAGUGUGCUUCAGGUGACCAAGCUUAAGGUGCAAGCUGAGAACAGAAAGCUCAGGGCCACCAACGUCACAGGGAACCAUGAGUACAUGAGGACCUGGACCAGGCGACUGCUUGGGUGGCUUGGUGCUAAGAACCUCAGCACAGGGAACCAUGAGUACAUGAGGACCUGGACCAGGCGACUGCUUGGGUGGCUUGGUGCUAAGAACCUCAGCACUGAGUUGGUGCAACCCCUGACCGAGACGGAGGCCUCAGUCAGGUGCAACCUCACCUGGCAGGAGUUCGACCACAAACUGUGGUUGUCCUCGUGUUCCUCAGUGAGCAGACUCAGCGACUCCGCACUGGUCGCCGAUCCUAAGGCCUUUUGCGACAACAGGGCCAACCUGGUUAUCGGCUUUAGCGACCAGGUGCCACUCUGGGCUAAGGAUCCUGGUCGUAGGGCGGUCUUCAGCCGGUCUGAGAUCCAUUCUAAGGAGCACAAGCAGGAUUUUUCUGAGGUGAGACAGGCGAUCGCUGAGGUCACCAAGACUCAGCAAGCAGCAGACCUCUUAGUCGGCCCCAUCAGGAAGACAGGCAAACAGCCUGAGAAAGGCCAUGCAAAUGAGGAGAGGUUCAGAAUCACCUACGAGGCCCGACAGCUCCUCAGAAACGUCUACGGGGAUCCUGAGACGCCUGUCCUGGGUGUGGUGGGGAAGGGCCUCUUAGUCGUGCCCGGGCAGUGGGCACGCCUGAGCAACAUUUCCCCAGAUGGCAAAUUCAUUGAGGCCGAGCAGUUCAAAGUUGGCUCUAAGACCAUCCUGAGAGGACAAGGUACCUCAGCCGGGAGAAUCCUUGAGUCUUAUCGCAAGGUCAGGCAGAGUCACCCUGAGCUGGUGGAGCACCUUGAGAUCAUGUCUCAGCCAGCCGCGAACGUGGACUCAGUGAUCUUAGGCUGGGUGCUUCAGGCUCAGGCCCAAGAGCAUGCCUGCUCCCUCUGGCAGAGGGACUGCUUCAGUGCAGUUUUCUCAGACUCCUCCGUUCAGAAGAUGGCCUUAGCACAGCAAAUCGGCUGCUGUGUUGCCGCUAAGUGCACCUCCUUCCUUCAGAUCACGGAGCUGAAGGACCUGAGGACGGAGUUUCAGAAGCAGACCAAAGGCAACUCAGUCUUUAAGGUGGGUGCCUUAGAGAUCAUCAAAGCCGUCGUUGCUGCUCAGGCGCAGAUGAGCACUAAGAAUGAGAAUGAUCAGUGGGUCCUCAGAGCAGCCGUGAGGAAUGGGAUUCUGGCCUACAGACCGAAUCCUCAGACUGGCAAGCUUGAGCAGCUCCUUAGCCAGAAGUGGGCUAAGGAAAUGAACCUCGGCAUGGGCACUAAGAGGCUGCCCUCCCAGUGGUUCCAGGAUCGCUUCAGGUGGCUUAAGCAGGAUGGCGAGCCCUUAGAGGCAAACUGGCAACUCAGCGACACAGCCUCAGAGCUCAAGGAUCUCAUCAGGUGGGACUACUACAACCAAGCUGAGGAUGGCCAGAACGACUUAGAGGAUGGCCCUGAGAUCGAAGAUGAGUUUGAGGAUGACCUCGCCCUUGAGGCCGCCAACAGCCUCUCCCUCAGAGUCGCACCUCAGCUCCUCGAGGCUCACCGGAGGGCAACUGCUCAGGAUGAGCAGUACCGCCAGAGGAGGAAGAGGCAAAGGAUCAAGUCUCAGAAGAAGGCUGAGGAGAAAGACCUGAAGGCGGCCCUUGCUAAGCAGCACGUCCAGAAGAUGUCUGAGAAGCUUAAGGACCAUUCCCUUGAGGACCUCCUGAAGUCAGUUGUCCCUCACGUGCAGAAGGACAAGGACAAGGAGGCUCAGCCUAAGAAGAAGCCCACCCUGGCUGGUAAGCUGAAAAAGGCCGCCAAAGCCACAGCCAAAAAGAAGCCUGAGAAGCCUGAGGAGAAGCCUGAGGAGGUGCCUGAGGCCGACCCUGAGACGGCGACCAAGCUCUCAGCUUCCGCCAAGCCAUCUAAGAAGAAGAGCGAGAAGCCCUCUAAGAAGAAGAAGGAAGCCAUCAAGAGCCUGGCUAAGGCGGAGGCUGAGAAGGAUGCCAAGAAGGUUCUGGCUGAGAAGGCGAAGAAAGCUGAGGAGGCGGAGAAAGCUGAGGAGGCGAAGAAAGCUGAGCCUUUGUCAGCCCAGCCUAAGAAGAAGGCGAAGACUGAGAAGAAGCCUAAGGCGGACGGGGGCGACCUCUACCUGAACAAGGAAGUGGUUGUCCGUCAUGAGUCAGCAGGAGCCACGAACUUCGCUAAGGUGGGUCUCGUCACGAAGGCCUACCCUGAGGGCCGGUAUCAGGUCAUCUUUGACAAGGGCGGUCAGAUUCUCCCUCAGGAACAUUUUGCACUCGCGAGUCUCAGGCCAGACGUCUGCUUCGUGUGGCCUAAGCAGAAUACACUGAACAAGUCUCACCUCAAGGAGAUGCUGAUCAACAUCAGUGCCUAUCCUCAGAGAACCACUCAUGAUGAGGAGGAGGGGCGCACCUUGGUCUCAGUGACUCCUAAGACAAGGCUUCUUGAGGACCAAAGCCUCUGGCUUGGGUGGCAGUACCUGAGGUGGGCCUUUGAAAAGUCCGGACUGCCCUACCCUGAGGACUCAGAUUCCUUCUCAGUGGUGGACCCAGGGAUUCCUUACAUGCUUUGGAAGUUCCCUGAGGAUCUCGCUGCAAUCAGGGAAGAAGCCCUGAGAGAGCAGGCCAGACCUUUCCGCACUGUCUUAGUGCCGGUCUUUGCCUCAGGCCAUUGGACAAUCCUCAGGGCUGAGAAGGCUUCCCCUGAGCAGACGAAAGACUUGAGAUGGAGUGUUUUCGACUCCCUCAGCGAGCGAAGCGAGGAUCAGGCAAAGCAGCAGCUCAGGAUCGGCAAGAUCUUAGACGAGAACUUCAAGCUGCCUCAGUCCCGCAGCAACUUUUGCACUCAGGCAGAAGGCCUCAACCAAUGUGGCUUCUAUAGCCUCAGCUACAUUGAGCAGAGCCUCAGGUUGAAGCGAGGCGAGUGGCUGCUUCAGCAUCCCUCAGAGCUUCAGCAGAUCUGGAAGGAUCGGCUCAUCUACCUCACUAAGCGGUUGGCAGUUGAGAAAAACCUCCUUUUGCAGGCGAUUGCCUUAGAGAAGGCAAAGGCAGAUGCCCUUAGGGAGCGAACCAAAGCUGCUGCUGAGAAGAACAAGCUCUUUGCUCAGGCACACAAACACCUUGAGAACAAGAACACUAAGGCUGCUGAAGAGGCUUACAAGAAGGCCCUGAAGAUGUUCAGCUGGAGGGACCUCAGCAAGAAGUCCUACCAGUUCAUCCUCUCCCUCAGGAAUUCUCCUUGCAUCUGCAGCCGAUGUCGGUGGCAGACUGGCUGCCUCAGCUGCGAUCCCAACAAGGCCCUGAGGUACUGGGUCCUCAGAGAAGCCUGGGCAGCUCAGAUGGUGCCUUACGUCGCUGCAGGACAGCUGCCUCUCUUGCUGCUCUGA